UGGUCAUGCGGUGGAGUCUUGAUCUUGAUACAGUAGAUAGGGUAAACUCUGGCUGGAGUAUCACUCAAUGUCUCACUCAGAAGUCAGGUGAAAAGGUGGGCAAGAAGGGUAGGCCUAGUAAAGAGUUAAAUCUUGAAGUCGACAUGCAUUGAUGCAAGAUGUUGUCAUGCAAGGAAUUGAUAGUUGAACGCCUCAAAGCUAAGGAUACAACAAGGUUGAAAAAAGAACCAAAGACAGGCAGGAAAAGAGCAGCUGUACUUGUUCCUCUGUUUUUUAAAAAUGAUACUGUUCAUGUUCUCCUUACUGUGCGUGCUCAACACAUGAAAAGUUUUGCUGGUGAUGUGGCCUUACCAGGUGGUAAACGAGAUGAGUGUGAUAAUGAUGAUGUUGAUACAGCUCUUAGAGAAGCAUGGGAAGAAAUUGGACUGCCAAAAACUGCUGUGCAGGUUAUUUCACAAGGAAGUUCAAGAACUUCAAAGUAUGGCAUACAAGUUGUACCAGUUAUUGGUUUUAUCCCUGAUGAUUUCCAGCCCUGCUUAAAUUUAGAUGAAGUUGAAGAUAGUUUUUCAGUGCCACUAAUAGACUUUCUUCUUAGUGAUAAGCAUUCCCUCCAGAUUGCUGGUAGAUAUAUUUUACCCAAGUUUACCCACAACAUUGGAAAUAGAACAUACAUAACUUGGGGGCUAACUGCACACAUAUGCAUCAAUGUUGCUUCUAUUGUAUUUGAUAAAAAACCAGAUUUUCAUCUUACAGUUGUAUCCCAUCUUUAGCUCAUAAUUUAUAAUUUAAUACUAUAUUAAAGACUGUAUCACAAUACAGUACAUUGGAACUGAAUGCCAAGAGGAGCUUAUAGUUCAGAACUAGUCAAUACUUGAAUUUGAUUCUAAACGCUUAGCUCCUCCAAUUAAUCUAGGACCUGACUGAUUUGUAUGCACUUAAUUUAGGAGAGAAUAUCUCAACUGUUAUAGACUAAUAUGAGCCCUAGGAACAACGUGGGAUGUGUGCCCAAAUCUCUAUCCGGGACGAACAGCCCGAAAAGGACCAAACCCAUUUUAAAAUGGCCCGCCCCAUUUUUUUACAGCAAGUGCUACUUUAAAUAGUAGGCUAGACAAUCUGAACAUAUUGAAAACAAGGGUUUUUGUUUUAUAAAUUAACACAUAUAAUGAGGAGAUCAAAUUUCUUAAAUCUCACCUUAAUCACAAGUCCCGUUCAUAUGGAAAUUAGCUUAAAUAUGCAAAAUAGGGGACCACGCCCCCUUUUUUACAGGAAGUGCAACUUUAAGUAGUAGGCUAGACAAUUUGAACAUAUUGCAAACAAGGGUUUAAAUGAACACAUAUAGUGAGGGGUUAACAUUUCAGAAAUCACACCGUGGUCGCAUGUCCCGUUGAUAUGCAAAUUAGUUUGAAUAUGCAAAAAAUAUAAGGCCACGCCCCUUUUUCAUUGCAAGUGCUACUUUAAACAGUAGGUUACACAUUAUGAACAUAUUGAAAAACAAGGAUUUUCUUUUAUAAAUAAACACAUGGUGAGAGAAUCAAUUUUCAUAAGUCACACCUAAGUCACAAGCCCUGCUCAUAUGCAAAUUAGCUUAAAAAUACAAAAAAUAGGAGUCAUACCCCUUUUUAACUGGAAGUGCUAUUUUAAACAAUAGGCCAUACAUCUGACCAAGUAUACAGUAUAAACUAGUAGUAGCAAGCACUAUUUUGUGGUGACGUGUGACACAUAGAAACAUGUUAUAAAUUAGUAUCGUUCAUAUUAUUAUUAGGGCAUGUUUGGUUUAAAUACAAAAAUAACACUAAAAAGUGAACGAUGAUUUGAUUCCUUCAUGGUGUCAUUUUCAAGUUCCAAUAAUUAGGCAUACAGGAUAUCAACUGGUUAUGGUGAAAUGUUCAUUUUUUAGCAUCAUAUUAUUAUUAUUAUUAUUAUUGUUAAAAUAUUUAACCUGUUUUUUAUCAGUGUGAUUUAUUGAGAGAGUGAUUUUGUUAUAUCAUAUUUUUGUGUGAUUAUGGAUAUGACAUUAAAUAAAUGUGCAAUUUGAUCCAACUGAAGUUUGCAAUACAAAAUUGAACAUUGAUCCAAUUAUAUAAAUUCAUCUUUACAAAAUCGUUUUCCCCUACGUACAUACACUGUGUGACUAUGAUCAAUUAGAACAAAUAUCAAUAGAAUUAGGCACAUUGAGAAUUCUUUACGGUAAAGUUAUUUUCCUUCAUAUGUUAACAGACAGACUUACAAGAUAAUUUGAGCAAAAGUUGGGUGGAGACAAGCUAAACAAAACAAAGGCAGAAUACGAUGAAGGUAUUUUCCUUCACCCGUUUACAGACAGACUUGCAAUGUAAUUUGAGCAAAAGUGGGGCGGAGACAAUCUAAUAAACAAAACAAAGGCAGAAAUUAAUAAUAGGUGUCACUAAAAGAAUACAAGACGAAUGAAUACUAUGUUUGAAAACAAGGAAAAGUUCAAAUUCAAGAUGAAACAAAAUACAGUACAGUAUCUGUAGAAAAAACAUUUGAAAUACUGUAAUGUUAAAAUGUAUUGCAAGCCCUUCCAGGGGGAUCUUUCGAACCCCUCUCUUCCAGAAAUGCCCUUUUAAAUUACAGUGUUAUUAAAAAGUACCAUUUGCAUGAAAGUUGUUGAAAUUAACGUUAUAUAUUUGAAUUUUGGCAUUUUUACUGCCAUUUCCGCCGUUUCCGGACAUCUGAGGUUUUAUAUCUUUAGAAUUCACAAAAGUUAUGGUGUUAUGUUGAGGUGGGUAAGGACUCGAAGUGCCCUUUUGUUGAAAAUUAUAACCUCUUAAAAAUCCUGCCUACGGCCUCGUUCGGUAUUGUCCCCUGAAAGUUUUGUUUUGCGUUUUUUUAUGUUAAUGAUUCAUCAUAAGUCAAGAUUAUACUGUAUCUACUAAUUUUGAUUCCUGAAAUAGUCCCUAUUCUGUUUAUAUCCACACUUAUAUCACUAUAUUUGUAAUAUGGUACUGUAUUAUUAUUAUUACUAUUUCGAAAUAAAUGUUAAGGUUAAAAUAACAAAAGUCAUAAACGUUUUGAGUUAACUUGCUCAUUUUGGCAGUAAAAUACAAAUUAUUAACCUGAGCAUAGAAAAUAUUGAAUUU